UGCAUUCGUCCGCAGCCCAGGAGCAGGGCUCAGCGCAAUGCUCAGCUUGGAGCCCAGGCCUGCGGCGGGCGCGGCGGGUGGCCGGGGCGGAAGGAGUUAAGCGCGGGCGGCCGGGCCGGGCUGCGGGGAGGCGGCGGGCGCGGGAGCUCGGGCUGCAGACUGCUCCAGCAGGGCUGGGAGUGUGGGCGCCCGCGCAGCCCCAGCCUGUGCCCGGGCUCAACCUCACACAGACCCAGCCCCUGCUCUUUCGCGAUCUGAGCUCCGUACCCCGCGCUGCGCCCCUCUGGGCGCGGAGACCUCGGCGCAUCCCCAGGUGGUAGCCCAGAACCCUGAAGCUUGACCAGAUGGAGGCCUUCCAGCACGAGUGCCCAGAAGGUGGCACACAGCUUGGUCGCCCAUCGAAGCUGGAGGAGAGGCCACUGUCAACGCCCAUAGUGAACUAAUCAGGCUCAACAGCCCAGAAGGGGCUAAGAAGGGGCCAGAGUGACCUACAAUACUGGACUCCUCUCCCUUCCUCCUCACCAGAGUUCUUUAGCCAUACUCUGGGGUGAGGAACAAGAUGUGGGGAAAGGAGACCGCGUCUUGUAGGUCCCCUUUCUUGACGCCAAGCAGUUCACCUUGAGCUUGGGACUCAGAACCUCUGCCCUCCUCUCCUCUGGCCUCAGGCCAGCCUGCUUUCUGGCUACGGCGCGCCUCCAAGGCAGGAGAGAGCUCAGAGUACCACGCCCUUGGAGUUGCAAACUACGGUGUCCUGGGAAGCCACGCCCUCCUCGCCCCUUCCCAGCCAUCAGCCCAGCCUGCCCUGAGCCAGUCCGGAAUGAUCCGGCUAUGGCCAAGCUCUGGUUCAAGUUCCAGCGUUGUUUCCGGUAUUUCCGCAGGAAACCCGUGCGCUUCUUUACCCUACUGGCUCUCUACCUGACCGCUGGGAGCCUCGUCUUCCUGCACGCGGGCUUCGUGGGCCAGCCUGCUGUGCCCCAGGAUCAGGCCAGCCCUGCAGCGGGGAGCCCGGCAGAAGGAGCCGAGCUACCCUUCCUGGGUGACUUGCACCUGGGCCGAGGCUUCCGGGACACGGGAGAGGCCUCCAGCAUCGCACGCAGGUACGGACCCUCAUUCAAAGGCAAGGAGACUGGCGAGAAAGCCAAGCUGAGCGACUACGGAGGAGCCUGGAGCCGAGCCCUCAAGGGGAGGGCUGUCCGGGAGAAGGAGAAGGAAAAAGAAGAGGAGAAAGCCAAGUACAUCGGCUGCUACCUGGACAACAUCCAGAGUCGGGCCCUGCGAGGAGUAUCGUUUUUUGACUACAAAAAGAUGACAGUCUUCCGUUGCCAGGACAACUGUGCUGAACGGGGCUACCUGUAUGCUGGGCUGGAGUUCGGCGCCGAGUGCUACUGUGGCCAUAAGAUCCAGGCGGCCAACGUGAGCGAAGCCGAGUGUGAUAUGGACUGCAAGGGCGAGCGAGGAAGCGUGUGUGGUGGGGUCAACCGCCUCUCAGUCUACCGCUUACAGCUGGCCCAGGAGUCUGCCCGCAGGUAUGGAAGUGCUGUAUUCAGGGGCUGCUUCCGCCGACCGAACAACCUCUCCCUGGCCUUGCCUGUGACAGUCGCCAUGCCAAACAUGUCUGUAGACAGGUGUGUGGACCUCUGCACAGAGAAGGAGUACCCCUUGGCAGCUCUCGCUGGCACCGCUUGCCACUGCGGGUUUCCUACGACACGAUUCCCUCUUCAUGACCGGGAGGAUGAGCAGCUGUGUGCACAGAAGUGCAGUGCUGAAGAGUUUGAGAGCUGUGGGAACCCCAGCUACUUCAUUGUGUACCAGACACAGGUCCAAGACAAUCGGUGCAUGGACAGAAGGUUCCUCCCAGCCAAGUCUAAGAAGCUCAUCGCACUCGCCAGCUUCCCGGGCGCCGGCAACACGUGGGCCCGCCAUCUCAUUGAGCUGGCCACUGGCUUCUACACCGGCAGUUACUACUUCGAUGGCUCUCUGUACAACAAAGAUGCAUUUAGGGAGCACCAACUGUGGGCAGGAGUCUCAGGGGAGUUCAGCCACCUCCGGAUACCCUGUGACUUGACUCCAGAUGUGAAAGCGGAGGCUGACAAAGGGGGAAAUACCUGGCCCCAGAAUCACCAUUUUUUUUCAAAUGUGCCCAGCUGUUUCCUGAUUUCAUUCUCAUGUCCAUGUCACUCUCGGGCUUCUCACUGGGGGACUAGAAAUCAUGGGUGGCACUGGACAUGAAAUGCCCUCCUCUAUAUGGGUUUUAUGUCUAUGUGUGCACAGCCCUCGGUUGCGGCUUUGUGUCUGUUUUAGUGGAGGAACACUUCCUGGCUGUGUGGCCUUGGGCACACUGCUGCAGCUCUCUGGUCCUGUGAUCAUGCGCCUACUACAGCUAACAGUUUGUGCCUCGUGAUCGUGAGAUAAAAGUGAACACGUUGAUGCAUGUAACAAGCCCGGCACACGGGAAAUAAGCUCUGCUCUUAUGGCUUGGGUGCCAGGCACGGCUAAGGAAAGCUAGGCAGCAGCAUCUCCCAGGAUGAGAAGCAGAGAGUGAAGAGGUGAGGAGGGUGGGGUGGAAGGUUGGAGCCUGUGCGGGUGCUGGAGGGCUCAGUUGACUGAUGAACACUGUCCAAAGCCAAUGCAGAGGGGACCGGGUUUAUUUGAUCUCCCAACCCCAGGUCAGAUGGUCUGCCAGUGCAGGAAGUCAGGACAGGAGCUCAGGCAGGGCAGGAUCCUGGAGACAGGAGCCGAUGCAGAGGCCAUGGAGGGUGCUGCUUACUGGCUUGUUCCUCAUGGCUGCUCAGCCCGUUUUCUUAUAGAACCCACAGUGGGCUGGGCCUUCUCACAUAAAGUAUUAAUCAAAACAAUGCCCCACAGUCCAAUCUGAUGGAGGGAAUUUCUGAGCUGGGGUUCCCUCUCCCUGAAUGUCCCAAAGUUGUGUUAUUGACAAACACAAAGGAGCACACAGGGCCUGGACCUUUGGAUCCCAGUUCUCUGUAUUUGAUUUGGGUUUCUGUACUCAGCUACUUAGCACCUCCUAUGUGUGAGUGAGUGACUGUCAGGAUGUGAACUCAGACCCUCAGCAGAAUCUGUGCUGUGUUACCUUUAUGUGCUGGUGGCUGGGGACAGGUCAGACGGUCUCAGGUAGGCUCCACCCUCAGGGAAGGGUGUCUGUAGGAUCAUUGAGGUCAGAGAUCUAACAUGGUUUCAUCUCCUGUGUCAAGUUAAGUGGACCCCACUUUGCUAAGGCAUGUUAAGAUGGAUUCUGAGGUUCUGUUUGCCCUCAGAGGUUUGAAGGAGGGAAGGGAAGCAGCUGCCUAGACACCUGGUACUGUUCCUCUACCAACUCCCUCCUGGCAUCAGAGAGCGAAGGGGCCGUCAGUCUGAAAGUUCACAGCACUUUGUAAACAGGGCCUGGGCUCAGAGCCUCACACUCCUGAGCCUUGGGCUCUUCAUCUGGAACGUGGGGAGUUGGCAUCAGAGAUUUUCUGGUCAUGUUCUUUCAUGACCAGAUAGUGCCAGGAGGGGACCUUGGGGACACUGUGAUGCAAGGCACACACAAUCUGUAAUAUUGGUAGUGUAAAGUGUGACAGAGAGAGACAAGAGAAAACAUUGUGUAUGUGUAUAUAUGUGUGUAUGUAUGUGUUGUGUGUUUGUGUAUGUAUGUCUCUGUGCGUGUGUGUCUGUGCGUGUGUGUGUGUGUGUGUGUGUGUGUGUGUGUACAAGGUUUUUUUCCUGCAGCUCUGAGCCCAUGCCUUAAAACAAUUUCCUGGUGGCUCCUUAGAGCCCGAGGGUCACAUGCUCCCCAAAUAAGUAGAUCCCUGUGUUGACUCUGGAAAGUGAUAUUUAAAUAUGCCACACUUGUGUAAUGGUGGUGCCGGGUCCUGUAGAAAGAGGGGUGCAGAAGGGGGGCCUCUGGUGGUGGAAUUCAGCAAUUCCCUGUGACUGUCAAUUGAGCAAUGUUCCUCAGGACCGCCUAGCCUAGCCCAUCGUCUUCCUGAAGCUUCUUUCUGGAACGCAUUCCACCCAACCCCACCCCGUCCACAGGCCAGCUCCCCAAGGGACUCAAAGAGACAGCAUCUCAGGUCUCCCAAGACAGGGAGGUCACUUUCCAUACUAUCCCUGUUGAUGACAUCAUGAUGCCUUGUGUAAGGAAUUAGGAAGUUUCCAUUACUAUUUUGUUGGGUUUGGUUUCUGGAGAUGGGGGCCACACUAUAACCAGGAUGGCUUCGUGGCAUCUUGUGGCAAUGCCAGUCCAUCAGCUUCAGCUCCUGGGCAUGGGGAUUGCCAUUAUAUCUGGAAUGCCAUGUUUCUGAGGACAUUUUCUCCUCUGAGAGCGUGUGGGUUCUUGUAUGCCACCUGCAUCUGCCCAUUGCUGGGCCUGUAAUAAAAAUGGAUUUCAGUGAAGAGAGAAUGAAGCCACAGGUGGGAAGCCACAGAAUGAAAUACAGGUGGGCUGUACAGCAUCCCACCCAUGGGACGUGUGCCAUGGCAUUUAGCUGGGGUGUGCAUGAUGAACUUCCCGUUCUCUUUCCCAAGCCUCAUUCUCCGUGCUUCAGGAUACUGUGCCACAGAGAACCCCCCAAAACCGUUUAUCUUGUCACAGGUAUGAGCCAGCCCAAAUUUGCAAGGCUGGUCUAAUCCCAGGCUCGGCCCAAGCAGCCCAAGGGUACAGCAUGACUCGGGAAAGGGCAGCCCACUCCUGUCUCUUCUGCCCAGAGGCCCUAGGAGGGCGGCCACGACUCUCUGGACCCCUAGAACAGGAUCAGGUGACAUGCCAGACCUUACCUCCAUCCACUUUAAAAGCUGUAUGUAAGCUUUUAGACAUAGGCUGAGCAGGAAGACACCGUUCCCCACAGCCUGCUAGGUCCCGGGACCUCUUAGCCCAGGACUUUCUGUGGCUUCUGUUUCUGUGGCAGAAAUCCUAACAAAAACAGUAUAAAGGAGGAUGUGUUUUGGCUCGUUCAGUCCAUAAUUACAGGGAAGGGGGAUAGGGAGCAGCUCAGUCCCCAGGACAGAGUCCUCGUGCUGUGUGCCUCGCCAGUUUCUCACAAAGGUGCAGAUGGAGAAACUGAGGCCCAGAGACUGUGUGUCGGGGGUCACUCGCUGUCUUAGGAAUAGCAUGAAGGCCACACUUGACCUUGUCCCCAAUGCCUCAGCUCAGAGCAUGGGAAUCCUGAGGGGUAAGGACACAGGCUUGGGAGCCUCAGUUUGGUGCCUCUGAGUGCAUCAGGACUCCCACGGCCCUCUCUAGCUCCCUGUUCUCUGCCACCACCUUACAGUGUUCCCUAUCAGUCACCCCAGGUCUUUGGUAUCUGUGGUCCCUAUCCUUUCUUGCCUUGGGUUAGCCGGUUCCUCUUCAACCUUCGGUUCUCAAAUUAAGCAUCUCUACCCAGAAGGCUAGGGCCAUGUCUGUACCUCAGAAGGUGAAGGUGUAGCCCAGGUCCAAAACAGAACCACCCAGCUUGAUCCCUCCCAGGCCUGCUCCUGUCCUGCUGCACUGACUGACAGUGGCUGUGACUUUCAGUUCCUGCAGCCUGGGUUACCAGACGCCGCUCUCAGAAGCCGGAAGGCUCUGCUCAGCUUCUGUCAUGAUGUUCAGUACCGUGGGUGCUCAGAAUACACAGGAAGGAAUCCCUGAAUCAAGAGAGUGAGGAAUGCUGAGAGGGGGUGUGGAAGGAAUGGUAUGUGCUUCCUGCCUCUCCUCUCACCAGCUUCUGACUUCUUGCCUGGGGUU